UGGCGCGGAGGGAAGGAAAUUGGCUUCGGAGCCGCCUGGGCUCUGUGGGGAAGGCCGCGGGCGGCAGCCGCAGCUUUUUAGACAAGCUGAGGGCGUCACGAUGGGAGACGAGAUGGAUGCCAUGAUUCCCGAGCGGGAGAUGAAGGAUUUUCAGUUCAGAGCCCUGAGAAAGGUGAGGCUCUUUGAUUCUCCCGAGGAGCUGCCCAAGGAGCGCUCGAGUCUGCUUGCCGUGUCCAACAAGUACGGUUUGGUCUUUGCUGGCGGAGCCAGUGGGUUGCAAGUUUUCCCUACUAAAAAUCUUCUUAUUCAAAAUAAACUUGGAGAUGAUCCCAAUAAAAUAGUUGAUAAGGUCCAAAGCUUGCUAGUUCCUAUGAAAUUUCCAAUCCAUCACUUGGCCCUGAGCUGUGACAACCUCACUCUCUCCGUGUGCAUGAUGUCCAGUGAAUAUGGUUCCAUUAUCGCUUUUUUUGACGUCCGCACGUUCUCAAAUGAGGCUAAGCAACAGAAGCGCCCAUUUGCCUAUCAUAAGCUCUUGAAAGAUGCAGGAGGUAUGGUGAUCGAUAUGAAGUGGAACCCCACGGUCCCCUCCAUGGUGGCCGUUUGUUUGGCCGAUGGCAGCAUCGCUGUGCUUCAAGUCACAGACGCAGUGAAAGUGUGUGCAGCUCUGCCUUCCAUGGCAGCAGUAACGUGUGUGUGCUGGAGCCCCAAAGGAAAACAGCUGGCAGUGGGGAAGCAGAAUGGAACUGUGGUCCAGUACCUUCCUACUUUGCAGGAAAAAAAAGUCAUUCCGUGUCCUCCGUUUUAUGAGUCAGAUCAUCCUGUCAGAGUUCUGGAUGUGCUGUGGAUCGGCACCUAUGUCUUCACAAUAGUGUAUGCGGCCGCAGAUGGGAGCCUGGAGACGUCUCCCGAUGUGGUGAUGGCUCUGCUACCGAAAAAGGAAGAAAAGCACCCUGAGAUAUUCGUGAACUUUAUGGAGCCCUGCUACGGCAGCUGCACGGAGAGACAGCAUCAUUACUACCUCAGUCACGUGGAGGAAUGGGAUUUAGUGUUGGCAGCAUCUGCGGCUUCAACAGAAGUUAGUAUCCUUGCUCGACAAAGUGAUCAGAUUAAUUGGGAGUCUUGGCUAUUGGAGGAUUCUAGUCGAGCUGAACUGCCCGUAACAGACAAGAGUGAUGACUCCCUGCCUGUGGGAGUUGCCAUAGAUUAUACAAACCAAGUGGAAAUCACCGUCAAUGAUGAAAAGACUCUUCCUCCUGCUCCAGUUCUUAUGUUACUUUCAACAGAUGGUGUGCUUUGUCCAUUUUAUAUGAUCAAUCAAAAUCCUGGGGUUAGGUCCCUCAUCAAGACACCAGAGAGGCUCUCAUUAGAAGGUGAACGACAGCCCAAAGCACCAGGAAGCACUCCUACCACCCCAACCUCCUCUCAAGCCCCACAGAAAGUCGAUGCCUCAGCAGUUACAACCCCUGCUUCCCUUCCAGCUGCGUCGCCUGCUGCUCCCAUCACCACCUUCCAUUUGCCUCCUGCUAGUGGGGCCCCUGCCGUGUUCUCCUUUGGUUCUGCAUCCUUAAAAUUGUCUGCUGCUGCUCCAUUUCCCAGUGGCUCUGAGAACCCCAGAGCAACGCUGGGUUCAGGCGUCUCCACCUUCUCUUUCACUCCUCCUUCCAAAACCUCACUAGCCCCCACCCCUGCAGCUUCCCCCAUAGCCCCAUCUGCUGUUUCAUUCUCCUUCGGAUCAUCAAGUUUUAAGCCUACCCUGGAAAGUACCCCGAUGCCGAGUGUGUCUGCUCCAAAUGUAGAAAUAAAGCCCUCCUUCGCACCCUCAGCGUCUGCAGUCAAGGCCAACCUUAGUGAAAAAUUCACUGCCUUGGCUCCCUCUGCUCCUGUUAAUAGCUCCCAGAGCACACCCUCCAUGUUGCCGUUCUCUUCCACCUCGAAGCCAGCUGCUCCCGGACCUCUCGGCCUCCCUGCGCCUCCCUCGGCGUCGUCUGCUUGCUCGUCGGUGAAGCCGUCGGUGUCUCCCUCCCCAUCAGCAGGGCGACCUGCUCAGGGCAGUCCCACUCCAGUGCUCUCUGUGGUACAGAAGUCGCCCAGGAUAACUCCUCCAGUGGCAAAGUCAGGCUCUUCCCAGGUGAAGUCACUUCCGCCUUCUGUUACGGAAAAGCAGGGACAUUCGUGGAAAGAUUCGGAUCCUGUGAUGGCAGGAAUUGGAGAGGAGAUCUCGCACUUUCAGAAAGAGUUGGAAGAGUUGAAAGCCCGAACUUCCAAAUGCUGUUUCCAAGUGGGCACUGCGGAGGAGAUGAAGCUCCUGAGAACAGAGUCCGAGGACUUGCACACCUUUCUUCUAGAGAUUAAGGAGACCACAGAGUCUCUUCAUGGAGACAUAAGCACACUGAAAACAACGUUGCUGGAGGGCUUUGCUGGUGUCGAGGAAGCCAGAGAGCAGAGUGAGCGGAAUCGUGACUCUGGAUAUCUCCACUUACUUUAUAAAAGACCCCUGGAUCCCAAGAGUGAAGCUCAGCUCCAGGAAAUUCGGCGCCUUCAUCAGUAUGUGAAAUUUGCUGUGCAAGAUGUGAAUGAUGUUCUUGACUUAGAGUGGGAUCGACAUCUGGAGCAAAAGAAAAAACAGAAGCGCCUGCUUGUGCCAGAACGAGAGACACUGUUUAACACCCUAGCCAACAACCGGGAGAUCAUCAACCAGCAGAGGAAGAGGUUGAAUCAGCUGGUGGACAGUCUGCAACAUCUCCGUCUUUAUAACCAGACGUCCCGGUGGAGCCUGCCCUCAGCUGUCUCUUCCCAGAGCAGCACUCAGAGUUUUGACAGUGACUUGGAAAGUCUGCGCAAUGCUUUGCUGAAAACUGCCAUAGACUCUCACACUAAGCCACUGCCCACAGUGCCAGCUAAGCUGUCCCCGGUGAAACAGGCACAGCUGAGAAACUUCUUGUCCAAGAGGAAGACCCCGCCGGUGAGGUCCACCGCUCCAGCCAACCUGUCUCGUUCAGCCUUCCUGUCUCAAAGAUACUAUGAAGACUUGGAUGAAGCCAGCUCAACGUCGUCUGUCUCCCAGUCUCUGGAGAGUGAAGACGCCCGGGCACCCUGUGAAGACAAGGAGACAGUGGUCCAGGUCCCUCGGCACGCACCUGUGACCCGCACCGCUUCCGUCCAGCCCAGUCUCCUGCCCCAGGCGAUGCCUUUUGCAAAGUCCCAUCUGCCUCUCGGUUCUUCACCUGGCACGUUGGCCCCUGCAGUGUCGGCAUCUGCUAGCAAAAUUAUUCCUCAAGGGGCAGAUAGCACAAUGCUUGCCACCAAAACUGUAAAACAUGGUGCACCGAGUCCUGCCCACUCCAUCUCAGCCCCCCAGGCCGCUGCUGCUGCAGCGCUGAGACGGCAGAUGGCCAGCCAAGCGCCAGCUGUUAGUACUUUGACGGAAUCAACUUUGAAGAACGUCCCUCAAGUGGUAAAUGUGCAGGAGUUGAAGAAUAAUCCUGCAGCCUCCUCCACAGCCAUGGGUUCUUCAGUGCCAUACUCUCCAGCCAAAGCACCUCACCCAGUCCUAACCCCAGUGGCUUCCAGCCAAGCCAAGCAGGGGUCUCUCAUAAAUUCCCUAAAGCCAUCUGGGCCUACACCAGCAUCUAUUCAAUUGUCUUCUGGGGAUAAAGCUUCAGUUUCAGGGCCAGGGACAGCCAAGACAGAAACAACUGUGACUUCGACCCCCUCUGCUGUUGGGCAGCCCAGCAAGUCGUUCUCAUUUUCUGCACCAGGGACUGGCUUUAAUUUUGGGAUAAUUCCACCAGCACCAUCCUCUAAUUUUACUGCUGCACAAGGGGCAACUCCUCCCACUAAAGAGUCAAGCCAGCUGGACACGUUUUCAUUUGGUGGUGGAGGCAAACCUUUCUACGAAGCCGUUCCUGAAAGUCCUUCCUCAGGAGCCACACCAGCUUCAAACAGUGCCGGGGCUGCAGGAGAGUCGGCCCCACCCAACAGCAGGCCUGCGGCGCCUUCUGGAAUUGUUCUCUCUGCCACCUCUAGCAAGCUGGAGACUCCACCUUCCAAGCUGGGAGAGUUUCUGUUUCCGAAUUCUUUGGCUGGAGAGACUCUUGGAAGUUUCUCAGGACUGCGGGUUGGCCAGGCAGAUGAUCCUGCAAAGCCGACCAGUAAGGCUUUGUCCACGAACCUGACCAGCAGCCAGCCAGCCAAGACUUCAAGCAUGCCCUCGGGGUUUACGUUCAGCGGCCCCCCGGUGUUAGGCAAGCCUGCAGAGCCCCCUGUGACGUCCUCCGUGACGGCCACCACAGCAGCGCCUCCAGCCGCCACCAGCCCGAGCACCGGCAGUUCCUCGACUGGUGUGUUUGGCGGUCUGCCACUCCCCAGUUCAGGACCCUCUGGGGUCAUCAGUUUCGGAGGGACCUCUGUCAGUGGUAGCAUGACCACUUUUUCGUUUGGAAGCCCACAGACUAGUAAUACAGUGCCCCCGCCUGCCCCCCCAUCCACUUCGACCGCCUCUUCCCUUCCAGCGUCGUUCCCCACGCUGACAUUCAGUAGUCUCCUGAGUUCCGCAGCCGCACCCUCCCUGCCCGUGUCCUCUGGUAGAGGCACAGAGGAAGCCACGUCGUCAGCUUUGCCUGAGAAGCCAGGCCACAGUGAGGUCUCCGUGUCCACAGCCUCCCUUCCAGGGCAGCAGUCAGCCCAGCCUCCCCAGGCUCCUCUGCAGACUUCUGACUCUGGGAAAAAAGAGCCUGUUCUUGCCCAGCCUGUGGUCAGCAGCCCCUGCUCUAGUUCCAGCCUCGUGGCCCCUUCUGCAGAGGCCGUUCCAGCAGCCACAGGGGCCCCCGAAGUCAAGACAGAGGCAGCACCUCCUCCUUUGACCUUCUCGGUUCCGGAGCCGACUGCUGUCGCAGCUGCUACAGUCCCAAGUGCAGGCCCUGUGGCCACUGAAACAUCAAGUGCCCCCUCGGCCUCCAGCACUGUGUCCAGUGCUGCUCCAGGCCCAGCUGCGGAGACAGCAGUGUUUGGGACAGUCACUUCGGGCUCCUCAGUCUUCACGCAGCCACCCGCCGCCAGCUCUAGCUCAGCUUUCAGCCAGCUUACCAGCAACACGGCCACUGCCCCCUCCGCAGCUCCCAUGUUUGGGCAGGUGGCAGCCAGCACAGCACCAGGCCUGUUUGGGCAGCAGACAAGCAGUGUAGCCAGCACGGCAGCUGUUACAUCCCCAGUCAGCAGCGCAGGGUUUGGCAGCCCAGCUUUCGGGGCCUCAGCCACAGGCGUCUUUGGACAGUCAGCGUUUGGGCAGGCCCCGGCCUUCGGGCAGUCGACCAGCAGUCCUGCUAGCACCUUUUCCUUCAGUCAGCCUGGGUUCAGUUCUGUGCCUGCCUUCGGCCAGUCUGUGUCCGCAGCCCCCACGUCCACCAGCGGCAAUGUCUUUGGUGCCGCCUCGAGCGCCAGUAGCUCCAGUUCCUUUUCAUUUGGGCAGACUUCUGCCAGCACAGGAGGGGGACUGUUUGGACAGAGCAACCCUCCUGCUUUUGGGCAGAGCCCUGGCUUUGGGCAGGGGGGCUCUGUGUUUGGUAGCACCUCAGCUUCCACCACCACAGCGGCACCCUCAGGGUUUAGCUUUUGUCAAGCUUCAGGUUUUGGUUCUAGUAAUACUGGUUCUGUGUUUGGUCAGGCAGCGAGUACUGCAGGAACCGUUUUUGGCCAGCAGUCAUCGUCUUCCAGUGGUGGCGUGUUUGGGUCUGGAAACACUGGAAGAGGGGGAGGUUUCUUCAGUGGCCUUGGAGGGAAACCCAGCCAGGAUGCAGCCAACAAAAACCCAUUCAGCUCGGCCAGCGGGGGCUUUGGAUCUACAGCCGCCCCAAAUACCUCUAACCUGUUCGGGAACAGUGGGGCCAAGACGUUUGGAGGAUUUGCGAGCUCAUCCUUUGGUGAGCAGAAGCCUGCUGGCACCUUCAGCUCGGGAGGAGGCAGUGUAGCAUCCCAAGGCUUUGGGUUUUCUACACCGAAUAAAACAGGUUUGGCAGCAGCAGCAACACGACAUCCUUCGGAACCCUCGCAAGCCAGAACGCUCCUACUUUUGGAUCCCUGUCCCAACAGACUUCCGGUUUUGGGACCCAGGGUGGUGGAUUCUCUGGGUUUGGAUCGGGCACAGGAGGAUUCAGCUUUGGGUCCUCUAACUCGUCUGUCCAGGGCUUUGGCGGCUGGAGAAGCUAAGUGGGUGUCGGCGUCCUCUCGGUUCCCGUGGCCACCCGCGUUCUCGGCUGCUCUUCACCGAGAGGCGCUGGAGCGGGCUGUGAAAGCGUGGCAACACGUACACCUGCAAGGAACAACAGAAGCCAAAGCUGGGAGGCUGCCUGUUUUUUAUAUUUUGUGUUGGGGCCCCCACCCCUACCCCCACCCCGCCAUUAAACUGUUGGCUCUGUUCCCAAACAGAGCGUCUGGAUUUUUGCAGAUCACAGCCCGUUUGUGUAGCUGAGAAACGGCACGGUGUGUCCAGGGUGACAUCAGACGUGACUCCCGGCCCCGGGCUCACACGGGCCAAGAGCCCUCCGUGCAGAGGGGAGGAGGGGUGCUGGCAGGGCUGCUCUGUGAGCCUCUGACUGGGGUCCAGCACAUGUCUCUUUGCCACAGGGUCCACUCCGUGCGUGGGUGGAGGCAUGGAAACACGUCACAGGGGUCACUUGGAUUUCCGAGGUGGUGGUAGGGCCGGUCAGUGUGGUCACUGUGUGGCAGCGUGGCAGACGGCUGAGCUGUGACAGGGCACAGCCCCACCCACGUCUUCAACCUAAAUUCCUGCAGCUGCUUGCUUCUACCCUGUGCAAAAGGUGGGCAGUGGAUUGAAGAGGCAGCCUCCGUAUCCGGUAUAUGACAGGGUCAUUGGAAGCCAGACCAGCCCACCGUCUGUUCACACAGUGCGGAAACCCUGGGGCAGACCCGGGAGUUAGGAAGGCACCAGCCAGAGGACGCAAGAGAU